AUGGCGAGCGCUUCGGGGUACAACCACCAUCGUUUCGCCAGAGCGGUAUUGAAGAAAUCUAGGAAAUGGGAACCUUCACUUACCGUUCAAUUAUACGCAAAGAAUUGGAGGUUUGAGAAUUCUCCCGUAACAUUCACUUAUGAUGGUCCUAUGAAACCUUUCCUUUUAGCUCUACGUUCUCAAGUCAUCCCUUCUUCCCUCAUGCCUUUCUUAUACGAUAUUCAACCUCCCGUUUCUUUUGUCGAUGGAUGUUUAGUGGUUGAAAUUCAAGAUUUUAGAAAAGAACCAGAAGGUAGAAGUAGAGUCGUUAUGCGUCCUGCUGCUGAAACUUUGAGUUAUACUAUUGAUUCCAUGUUGGAGAGAAAAGGACAAGAUUGGGAUGAGAAGAUGAGGUUGGAAUUGGAAUCGAGAAUAAUUGCGGCUACAUCUCCACCUCUUUAUCUCGGUACUUCCAUCCUAGCCUCAAGAAAUGCAACAUUAGCUAUGGCCAUCACGACUCCUGCCGGUCCACAUCUUUCCGCCGAUGGAGGAUAUCGUCCCGAAGUACCUGAAACAGAUACUUCCAACGAGACAGAACGAAUGCGUAAACUCUUUUUCGCUGGUGGUAAAGAUCGAGAUCAUACAGCUCCCUAUCAACCGUCGUGGUCUAUCUUGUCGUUGAAAGAACGUUUGGCAGAGGCUGCGAGACAAGAUAUCGGUAACAGUGUUUCUGGAUCUGUCGGGAAUGUAAAUAACAACAACGGUAAUAAUGGUCAGAAUAAUGGGGAAGGGGAAGAGAAAAAGAAAAAGAAGAAAAGACCUGUUCCUGAUGGUGAAGAAGAGAAGAAGGUUAGUAAGAAGAAGAAAAAGGUGAUUCAACCUGUGGAAGAGAAAAUCAAGGUGGAAGAAAAAGGGGAAAGUAAACCUAAAAAGAAGAAACCGAAGAAGAAAGAUGUAGAACAAUGA